UCAUUCCUCAAAAGGUCAAAAUCCUUCUUCAGUCUACUCCCGGGGUUUUGAACAAGAGCCGCUGAACUGCCGCCAUUCCAACGAAUUCGAAAACCUUUCUUUUCUUCUCCUACUCGCUCUCAUGGGAAGGCAAUCCCUCCUAUACAAUCACAUCCGUCGAUUUCGACGCUCUUCCAUCUUUCAUUACCAUCUCUCUGCCCUCUCCCAAAACCCUAAUUUCUUCCCCUCCCCUUCGAACCCCCGCAGCUUCUCCAAUCACAGCCGUCGAUUCACCCCUCCAUUAGAUCCGAGCAUUCUCGUCUCCUCGAAUUCUAUCCCAUUUCGAUCCUUCUCCUUUCAUUCUUCUGCUGGAGAUCCGGAUCGUGUCGAUAGUAAUAACGUCGUCAAACACUCAGGAACUGAGUCGGAGUCCUUCGAUCUAGGGUUGGUUAGUUCGGAUGUAGCGGAUGGAGAGGAUGGCGGGGGCCGGUGGUAUUCUCCAGUUCGAGCAGUUAUUUCUUUGCUGGAUGGGGCCCAUGAUCUCACCGGUCUCCCUUGGUGGGCAGUCAUUUCUACCUCUACUUUGGCUCUCAGGAUGGCACUACUUCCUGUGCUUAUUUUGCAACUUAAGAAGCUUGAAAAGAUGUCAAAAUUAAUGCCAAAAUUGCCUCCUCCGUUGCCACCACCUCUCUCAGGAAGGAGUUUUCGAAAACAAUUUUUGUUGUUCCAGAAGGAAAGGCGUGCGAUUGGGUGCCCCUCUCCUUUGUGGAGCCUUGCAUCCUUCUUUGUCCAGGUUCCUUGCUUCAUAUUAUGGAUGGCUAGCGUUCGGAGGAUGUCAUUGGACCAUCACCCAGGGUUUGAUAUGGGUGGCAUGCUAUGGUUCCAGAAUUUGACCGAAUUUCCACAUGGUGCUUUAGGUCUGGUUUUUCCUAUAUCGAUCGCUGCCCUGCAUUUCAUCAAUGUUCAGGUUUCUUUCAAGAUCUCUGCAAUUAGAAAGUCUCCUGGAGUGAUUGGCUUAUUGGCAAAAUACUACAAGCUAUAUUUGGAUAUUCUGACCAUGCCUAUACUUCUGAUUGCGUUUUCUGUUCCCCAGGGAAGUUUAGUCUAUUGGCUGACGAACAGUUCACUAAACUUGGUUCAGCAACUAUCUUUCAAGAAUCCUUACUUUCGCCGUAAGGUGGGGUUGCAUCCAAACUAUGUCUCGGCAGAGCAUGAGCAUGAAAUGCCUGAAGGAAAUCUUCCACCGGCUGAGAAGCUUCAUCCACUAUCUCUCAAGCAUCCUUACAUUCUCCAGAAGUUGGGUCUACCUGCGAAAUAUGUUCCAGGGGACCAUGAUUCUUCAACAGGAAAUCUCCCCCCUGAUGAGCUGCUUGAUCUGGCUCUUCAACACCUGGCAACAGGAGAUCAAGAUAGAGCAUUUCCAUUACUAAGAUUGGCUGCUGAAAAGGAUCCUGAAUUGGCGAGAGCUUCAGUUGCCAUGGGAAUGCUGCUAUUCUCAAGAGGAUUGCUGACAGAGGCUGCCGAAUAUUUCGAGCAUGCCAUUUCUAAGAUCAAGGACGAUGAUGUUACUCAAUUGGUUAUUGCAUCUUUUGGGGCAGGUGUUUCCCUUGUAUCGCAGCCCGGAAGGGAGUCUGAAGGAAUUGAACACCUGAAAAGAAUAGCAGAUUUGAAAGAGCCCGAGAAUCCCACGGACAAAUUCUGCUACUUCCAGGGGCUGGUCAUGUUAGGAAGCACUUUAUUCAAUGAAGGUCGAAAGGCUGAAGCUGCAAAGUAUCUGCGCAGAGCAGCAGCUUAUGAUCCUGCUGUUAAUAAGUACGUAGAAGAAUGUGAAAGGGAUGAGGACGUUAGAAGCAGUUGAGGAUUUUAUUGAAGAACAAUCCUUCUGAGUUCUGACUCUAGGAGGUGGUAAGGGGUAUCUGGGCAAAGAAAGAAUCCUUGUUUUUCCUUGCUGGAUGGAAUUCUAGAAAACAUUCAAAAAUCUACUACUCACUCAUUCGUGGUAGCAGGAAGACCAUGCAAUCGCAGUGGAGUUUGGUACCACUGUAUUAUUUCUAGAAACCAAAGGUUCAUUAAUGUAUUAAAGCCAUUGAUUGAGUGGAACUAAGGUUUCAUAUUUGUUACAUGGAGUUUCAGGUGUGCUAAGCCCACAGGUGCGUACAAGGUAGCCCAUCUACACACCAAUAUAUGCCAACCUGGCAUGCAUGUGCAUGAUCUAUGCUGUCCAUUGGGUGUUUCUCAUGUAUAUUGAUAUACCAUCUCAAAAUCAGGCCAGGCACUCAUUAGGUUGGCCAAUGGUCAAAAUAAAAGGAUGGUUAGAUUGGUCAAAAUAAAUGGAUGGCUAGAUUGGCCAAAACAAAUGGCCAGCUAGAGAAAAUUUUGACAAGUUUAUUAAUGCCCUUGAUUUGUUUCAAAAACUGACCUACCUGACGAGUUGAAUGGUGUGAUUUCAGGACAUGAGCAUUUAUGUUGUGCCAGCCCACUGGAUGGGUGGCUUAGAUUAUGCACACAUGUUCCAGGUCUGCACAUGUGAAGUGUAGAUGUUCUCGUUUAUAGUGCCUGUAUGUGGGCUUAGUAAAGCUCAUGUACCAUAUCAAAUUAGUUUGAAACAAGAUACUCAUGUAUAUGUUCCUUUUCUUUAUGGAGGAUAACUGAAUAUUUAAUAACUCAAGCAAUUUGCUUUA